AUGGAUCGUUUUCAUGUUCCUAUUAUGGCCGACUCCAUGCUUUCUUCCAUUGCUACGUUUCACACUACCAACAUCAUUGUGACUCAUCCUUCAAAAUUUGUGUUUGUUGGUGCCAUUCCUGAGUCAAUGUAUGCCUUUGUGCCUCCUUCGAGCAAGAUUAUUCAGGAAUACAAGAAGCUUCCCUCCUCUGGUCCAAGGGAACUCACUGCCGACAUGGUAAAAUCAAUUGAAGAUGCAGACAAACCUGCCAAAAGAGGCAAAAAGCCAGAAGUGAAAAAGGGGGACAAAGGGGGCCAAGUCUCAAAAGUUCAAACCCCUAGGAAGCGAAAGUCGGAAAAGGCAGCACCGACUCAACCUAAGCCGAAGAAAGCCAAGAAACCUGCUCGUCGGCUAAUUCUUCAAUCCUCAAGUAACUCUGAUUCUGAGUAUGUGCCUCCUAAUCAGCCAACAAUUCCUCCCAGUGAAUCUGACAGCGAAAGCUCCAAGGAUGAAGUCACUAUCGAACCUCCAGUUACCACAACACCACCAUCUCCUACCCAAUCCACUGAAACCAACACUGUUCUUGGAGGUGAUGACUUGGAGUUUGAUUCCACUUACAUCAGUCCCUAUCGUGUUCAAAGUGAUGAUUAUGACGAUGCUCCUGUUACCAAGCGCCAUCUAAAGACGAUUACUGACAAACUCGAUCAACUACUUUCUUCCACAUCAACUGGUGCUUACUCCGAAGCUGCUCUCAAAGCCUUGUUCUCUUUUGUUGUUCAAGAGCAUGAUGCCUCUCUCUCUGCCGCAUCAAAGGCUAUCGAUGCCUCUACAUCUCAAUGUCAGAAGGCUUCGCUUGCUGUUGAGACCUCUAGGAAAGAAUGCAAAGAUGCGACCGCAAAAGUCGAAAAACUAAUUUUUGAGGCUCAACUAUUCCUAGAUUCUUUGCAACUUGCCGCUCAAAAGAACUCUCAGACUGUGAAUGCUUCGGUUGAUAAUCUCCAGCGUUUUCUUGAAACCGAAAGGACUAAUCUUGAAGUCGCUCGAAAGGGCAUUGAAGCUGCCAAUGAAAAUCUUCAUAAUAAUGUAAAUGACCGUCUGACUCAGCUGGAAGCCGAACUGGCUGUUGAAAAUCAAAUUAUGGAUGAGCUUGACAAACGUACUUCUCAGCUCAAAAUUCAAAAUCUUAAGCUUCGUUCUGCGACAACUGAGCUUAAUGAUUUAAAGUCAAAAAGAGAAGUAAUUAGAAGCUCCGUGGGUGACGUUCAUUCCAUUAUUCAGAUAGAGGGUGUUUCGGUGACUCCUGUCCAGCCGAAACAAGGGGGAGAAAAGGAAAAUGAAAUGGUUAAUACUCAACCUCAUCCCGAACCCAAAUCAACAGCUGCACCGAAGGAUAAUGUAGCUUCGGGCAGCAAAAGGGAUAAGAAGAAGAAGAAGAUUAGAGAAGAUGAUGAAGAUGAUAAUGAUUUUGAAGAUAUCUUGGGUGAAAAUCCCUCUAAGCCUUUCUAG